AUUGUUAUUAUUAUUAUUAUUAUUAUUAUUAUUAUUAUUAUUAUUAUUAUUAUUAUUAUUAUUAUUAUUAUUAUUAUUAUUAUUAUUAUUAUUAGCAUCAUUAUCAUUACACAAAUAGCCUGUGGCUGGCCAAUAGCAAUGCGUGCGAUGAUCACGAUGCGUUCGAGAUAUAUUUUCUUUUUCUUUUUCAUUAUCUCAAUCGAUACGUAUCGUAGUAAAAUCCGUAUGAAACCAUGUAAAUAGGGUAUAAUAGUUGGAGAUCAAAAAAUGAUUGUCUUUUUUCCUAAUACAGAGACUCGGUCGUUUCACUGUACGAUCUACGAUCUACGUAUUGAAUAAUCGAGAAAUACGACCGACUCGUAUGUACAAUGUAUGUACAUACGUAUGUAUAUACGCGAAUAUGCGACGCUACCUGAAAAAUGAAAAAGAAAAAACGUUUAAUCGUAUGUAUAUUCGCUCAAUUAGGACGAACACACGAUACGUAUAUAUAUAUAUAUGUAUCAAGGCCGAUCGUUCCUCUUGCUCCGUCUGCACAGUUUUUCUUCGCACUAUAAUACGACGCGAUCUCUCUCUAUUAUAAUUAUAUAACUAAACGCGAGUAUGCUCGUCGUCUUCGAGUAUACUAUACAAAUAAUAUCGUGAAAUUCAUGAUCGAGUACAAAGUACACUACAUUUUCUCUUGCAUGCGAGCAUCUCAAACGUAAAUAAGAAUUUUUAAUCCAGAACCAGGAUUGUCAGUUAGUAAUAUUGUCUUUAAACGGGGAAAAAGAAUUGUCGAGAGUUAUCUUCUUUUUUUAUUAUUUUAUUAUUUUUUUUUAAAUAUUUUUUGCUGAUCGAGGCCUAAAAACGAGUCAAACGAUACGUCAAAACGCAAUGAGAUCUCCGAAUUAACUUAUUCAGUUAUUUACUUCCUGACAACCUGGAUGGAACGAUCGGAUCUCGCAAAUAGUUUCGCUAGAAGGAAAGAUAGGUAGCUAAUUAGAUAUACUUGUGGUUGCGCGAAUAUACGAAUAAAAGAAAAGAAAACGAUCGAGAAAAAAGGAACAAAAGAACGCGCAAUGAAUCACUAGGAAAAUCGCGUUACUGGCAGAUUUUAAAGGGCGUUUUAAAGAUGAUGGGGAAAAAAAGAUAGCAAAAAAAAUGAAAGCUAAAACUUUUCCUGUAUAUUUCCGGGGAAGUCUGUCCAUUUUUUGAACAUUCUCGAAAGUAUUUUAAUGUUUAUUACUACUAUCUUGCGCGUGUUUAUUCGAUGCAACGAGGGAUAAAUUGAGUUUUAAAAAGUGUAUACAGUUUUUCGGAUUCUUCCGUGCGCAUGCGUGUGUGCGAACUAGAUGGUAAGUUUGGUGCUAAUAUGUCGAAUGCGGUAGUUACUUCUUUCCGUUACACAUCCCACCGUGAUAUGCAUUUUUCUAUAUUGAUGCAUCGGCUGCAAAUAUUUUAAGAUAGAGAAAAAGAAAAAAAAAAGAAAAGAAAGCAGCAAGGUAGUACGAUUCCUAAGAAAUUAAAUUUAACGCAAGAACGUACGCGGAUCAAUGGCAUUCACGCGUUAAGUCGAGGAUGUGUAACUACAUCGUUCCACCUUUCCUAACCAUUGAUAUAACAUACAUGGUCGUCUUUCAUCCUCCUCCCUCGUUAAUUUUAUACGCAUCCGAUGUGAACUUUGACGGUCGUUUCGCUCGUAAUCAUAUCAAGACACGAACGUUUGAAUUCCCGAUAAAUGAGCAAAGUAUUAUUGCGAAGAAAGAGAGAAACACAGAGAAAGAGUCUGUAGAAUGUAAAGCGGGACAAUUCAAACUGAAACGAAGACUGAUACGCGCUGGUCGCGUUGUUAAUUAAAAGAUAAAAAAUAGAAAAGAAAAAGAGAGAGAAAAAGAAGCAAGCAAAAUAUCUUCGUAUGAUCUUGACUCGUCCCUCUUUAUAUCAGCUCGUAAUAAAAUAAAAGAAAAUGCUUCCGAUUUAAGCGAACUUUGCCGCCUUUCGUGCCAAUAGAUAUUAUUUUAGCUUUCCGACAGAAGGACUCGUGCUUUUCCCUCCGUACAAAAUGGAUUCGAUAAUCGUCCACGACGAGAGAGUAAUACGAUUCUUCCUCAGGGAGACGUUCCUUCGUUUGAUAAAUCGUCUUCCGAAUGAUUAGAUUAUUCUGUAAAUAUAACGAGAGACCUGUGCGUGUAAUUGAUUACAUCCCCAGAUUAAUAUUUUAUCGAAUAGUCUUCCUUCGAAUAAUUAUACCCCCAACGCUUAUUCGUCCUUAUCGUUACGCAAAACAAUUUAUUAUAGUUUAAAUUAUGCGCUCCAACUUAUUUCGUUCGUUGAUCGAUACGUCAGAAAUAAUCGUCCUUUUAGCUCGUUCCAAAAAAGAAUUUUCUUAAGGGAGGAAGAGGAAAAACUGCCUCGCACGACGUAUUUCAAUCUUCCGUAAAUGAAUUUUAAGUGUUAUUAAUUGUAAGAAUGUAAGGCUGAUCCUCUCCUACACGGAGUAUCGACGAUUCGAGAUGAGAGUAUUUCGAGGAGAUAAAUUAUUUAUUUGUUUACGAUAAAUCGAGAAAGAGAGAGAGAGAAAGAGAGAGAGAGAGAGAGAGAGAGAGAGAGAGAGAGAGAGAGAGAGAGAGAGAAAAAACUCGCUCUUGAUUUUGAAUGGAUUUUAACCGACUCGGAGGACUAUCGGUGCAAAAUCCAACGAUGACUUCGAAGAGUCAUCCAAGCGCACGAGCUUCGUCAGCGAGUAUCCGUGUAAUUAAACAUAGAAGACGAUAUAUCCGUGAGAUACAUUGAAAGAAAUAGUAAAUAAUAUUAUAUAACGGUAUCGUACGGAUAAAUCGCUAAAUGUUUUCUUUCUAUGGAUACUCACCGUACGAUGUGAUAUAAUAUUGCGAUAGACAAACGUAAUACUUAUCGAUUGCGCUGAUCAUUAGCAGUAACUAACGUUACGACUAACGACUACAAGCGUAUUGUGCAUUAUGUGUCGGGAAAGAAAUAAAAUCAAAAUGAACCGAUCGAUUUUACUAAUCUAAUCAAUAAUUCUCUAACUGAUACAAUCAAUACCAGCCAAUCCUAAACUCCCGUUCUAAUUAAUAAAAGAAGUAUUUUCGUUUUUAAUUUGGGAUAAAUUUCCUUUAUUAAUAAAUCAUAAAAAAGAAAACAAACAACGAUCUGUUCUUUGUUUGAGAAUCAUUCAUUGUACGUUGCGCCCUCUAAGGUUACGUAAGCCGUAAGAGAAUUAAAUUUAAUUCUUAAACUUGUAUAGAAAAUCAAUUGUAGGUUCCUUCACCACGUGACAGUAAACGUCAUCAUAGUUGUUCUAAAUUUCAAUCGAAACGUAUCGUAAAUCAGAUAUCUCUAUUUGAAAUGAAAUCCGAAUCGACGAAACCUCGAAAGGGUUGACAAGGGUGAGUACCGAAAGAUAUCAAAUAACAUCGAAACUUGUAAAUUCUACCGAAAGAGGGACGGCGAAACAGGACGAAGAAAAGAUAGGUUAAUAGUAUAUUCCCUCUAAAGCAAUCAUUGCGUCGAAUCCGUUCUGUUUACUAGCGCAAGCACUGUUGUCUCCUGGUGCGGUAGCGUCGGAAGAUACACGAAGGACAAAUCACGUCGAAAGUUGGUGAUCGAUCUUCGUAAACCUUCAGAUUUCUUCGAGUAUUACCGGACACUAUCUUUAUCCGGCUUUAUCGUGAUGCAACCUCGAAUCCCCGUGCAUUACGUCGUGUGAGGUGGACGGAUACCGAAAAAAAAUUGUAUAAACAGGAGACGACUCGCGUCAUUCGAACUAUUUCGUAAUGUCGGUCUCGUUUUUCAUUUUCCUCAACACGAUCUUCGUUGUCCUUUGGAUGGGCGUGAUCAACGUAUCAGCUUUGCAUACGAAGGAUCCUCUCGCUCAUCAUGGUAGAUGCGAACCAAUUACGAUAAAUCUUUGCAUGAAUAUACCGUACAACGAAACUAUAAUGCCCAAUUUGAUGAACCAUCAGAAACAAGAAGAAGCUGGCUACGAGGUUCAUCAAUUUGCGCCUCUCGUCAAGGUUAAAUGCAGCCCUGAUCUACGUUUCUUUCUCUGUUCCGUUUAUGCACCAGUUUGCACUAUCAUCGAGAAGGCAAUACCACCGUGCAGAUCUUUGUGUGAAAGUGCUCGUGCCGGUUGUGAAGAUUUGAUGAAUAGUUUUGGUUUUAAUUGGCCGGAUAACCUUGAUUGUUCUAAAUUGCCUGAAAAUGGGAAAGAACUUUGUGUUGGUACUAAUGAAACAACACCAGUGGAACCAUCGGCACCUGUAUAUUCUCCACCACGCAUGCCAGUUGCAGAGUUUCAGCCACCUUGGAACAGUGGUGGGGCCACGUCUUACAACGGUAAUGGCUUUGCGCUCGGUGCCAGAGACUUUGGAUUCGUUUGUCCCCUGCAAUUCAAGGUUCCACAUGGACUGGGUUAUUCUCUCAAAGUAGGGGAUAAAAUAGAACCUAAUUGUGGUGCACCCUGCGAUGGUAUGUUCUUUACAGAAAGAGAACGUAAUUUCUCCAGAGUCUGGGUCGGUACCUGGGCAUCUCUCUGUGCUGCAUCAUGUUUUUUUACGUUCCUGACCUUUCUCAUCGACACUGAUAGAUUUAGAUAUCCAGAGAGACCCAUUAUUUUUCUAUCGGUAUGCUAUCUCAUGGUAGCACUGACAUAUGUGAUAGGAUGGGCAGCUGGUAAUUCUAUUGCAUGUAGAGAGCCCUUUCCUCCGCCUUUAGACAUGCGUAUUCAGAUGGUAUCUACAAUAACGCAAGGAACUAAGCACGAAUUAUGUACUGUGCUUUUUAUGGUGCUUUACUUUUUUGGUAUGGCAUCGAGUAUAUGGUGGGUUAUACUUACAUUGACGUGGUUUCUGGCAGCUGGUUUAAAAUGGGGACACGAAGCUAUAGAAGCACAUUCGCAGUAUUUUCAUUUAGCUGCUUGGGCAGCACCAGCAAUAAAGACCGUAACAGUCCUUGCAAUGGGAAAAGUAGAAGGAGAUAUAUUAUCUGGUGUUUGCUACGUGGGUUUGUGGAACGUUGAUGCAUUAAGAGGAUUUGUGCUAGCUCCUCUUUGCGUUUACUUAGUUCUUGGAACGGCCUUUCUUUUCGCCGGUUUUGUUUCUCUCUUUCGCAUACGCACCGUUAUGAAGCACGAUGGUACAAAGACCGAUAAGUUAGAGAAGUUAAUGAUCCGCAUCGGUAUUUUUUCCGUAUUAUAUACCGUACCAGCGCUCAUAGUGAUCGCUUGUCUUUUCUACGAGCAAGCGUAUUUCGAUCAAUGGAUGUUAACUUGGAACAUGGAGAUGUGUUCGCGACCUGGGUUGCAAUCGCUUUACUCGAUGCCUUGUCCUGUUGGUGAACGUACUCGUGAUCUUGGCCGGCGGCCAGAAUUCGAAGUCUUUAUGAUAAAAUAUUUGAUGGCAAUGAUAGUUGGCAUAACUAGUAGCUUUUGGGUAUGGUCUAGUAAAACUCUCAGUAGUUGGAGACAAUUCUUUAACCAUCUUCAGGGUCGUCGUACAGAAGCGUACGUUUGAAAUUAAUUGCGUUUAAAUAUAAAAGGAAGAAGAAUGACUUUUGUCAAUGCUUUUUACUAUCAUUGACAAAUUAUAAUGCUUAGGGCAAAAAGAUGGAGAGAGAAAUAAUAUUCGGUGAUAGUUCGCUCGAAUGAUUUCGAUUUUGUAACACAUUGUACGAGAAAACACUUCCAAAAUAUUUCAGGUAUUAUUUCCAUUAUAAUAUAUAUAAUCCAAUAUAACUUAAACUUAUUUGAUUUCUGAACAAUGUAUAAAAUAUGCUUAAUGCAUUGCUUACUUCCAAAGAAGAUAAAGCACGCUUGAACUCGUCAAUGUGUUGAGACUGUCACCGAUGUAGAAUUAAAAGGUUCUACAUUUUUAGAAGUUUAAUGUGCCAAACAAGUGUUAUAUUUUUAUAAACGAUACAUGUCCUCUGAAUGUCCAUAAGCCUUUUAUCUAUUUUAAUUGCAUGACACGUAUGUAAGAUAUAACGACUGAUAGUUUAUCAAUUUGAAAGUAUUAUUAUGCGAUAUCUGCUUUAAACUCUUUAUAGAUAUAUUAAUAGUACUUUUGGUAUAAACAAAUCAUUUAUUGCUCAAUUUUAUAAUUAAAAAUUAUAAGAGAUUUUCGUCAUUUAAGCAAAGCUAAGUGACUAGGUAGUAUAAAUCAUUUAUCAUAUCGGCUAUUUCACUUUAAUUAAGGAAGAACUGACAGUAAUAUGCUUAAUAAAGGAGCGUGUUUUUCGAAUAUUUUAAGAAACUGCCUAGAAAUAAUAAUACUCAAAAAAAGACUUCAAGGACUGUUGAACAUUAGAAUUUUAUUUUUUUUAUUUUUUCUAUAUAUAUAUAUGAAGAUGGCAAUCUUAAUAAUCAGGUACGAAUAAUUAUCGUGAUCAAAAGUAAUCCUAUGCGUAGUUCGAAUUAAAAUGUUUACUUAUAGGAAUAAUUGUAACUUCGAAUUAAUUGUAUAUAGUUAUAGCUCUUACUUUUAUCCUUAUGUAUGUAUCGUAAUAUGUAUAAUUUUUAAGUAAUUGUGUACAUAUAUGUAUACACAUACAAAAUAGGCAUACGCCAAAUCUCUUGGCACCUUUGUAUGUUUCCUAUACUAAAUCAAAUAGCGGUGAUAAGUUAAAGAGAACCGCACAAAUUUAUGAAAUGUAGUUAUUUUCAUCGAAAAGCAUCGAUUUCUUUUUCUAUGGUAUAUAAAGGAAGUUUGUUAGAAAGAAUAUUUAUUAACCAAAUAAUUUUGCGAUAAUAUUUCACAAUGAUGAAAUGUACUUCGUAAAACGAAUUUUGCUUGAUAUCAAGAUCAUUCUUGAGAAUCAAGUUUAAUCACAAUGUUCCAAACUGUACUAAUUCGUCCAUUGAAAACUGCCGAACUCUUACGUAUGUACGUUACGCAAGUUCUAUUCUCACGCUGAUAAUAUGUAUGACUUGCAAAGAGAGAAUCGCAUGUUUGCUUGCUGUUAGAGUAUUAAGUAUUGUACGUAAAAUACGCGUAAAGUGCAGGAUUAUUAUACUGCUAAAUAUAUUAUAUACUUUAUUUGAUAGUGAAUGAGAUGGAUGUAUACAAACAAUUAUAUAUAUAUAUACUAUAUAUAUAUAUAUAUAUAUACAUAUAUAUAUAUACAUAUAUAUAUAUAUACAUAUAUAUAUACAUAUAUACAUAUAUAUAUAUACAUAUAUAUAUAUAUAUAUACAUAUAUAUAUUUAAUAUACGAUAAAUUUUUAUACGGAUAUAAAUUUAUAACAUCCAUUUACACUCUUAAAUAUGCGCGAUAUUUAUUCGCACAGGUACAAAAAUUUAUUUCGUUCUUACUUGAACGAGAACCACGUGUCGCAUGCAUAUUAUACAAUACUCAUGGAAGUUUUAAUUUUAUAUGUCGAACUUAAUAAAGCUGCCGAUACUUAUGUAUAAACAUCGUAGAAACUAUUAUUCCUUUUAAUUUUUAUAUCGGUUAAACUUUAAGUGAAAAUUUAUCCUGUUUUUUUCGGCACUGGUCGCUUUAAAAUGCCCUUUUUUCGUAAGUAUAAUACGAGCCAUGGCGUUAUAGCGCAAGUAAUAGAUAAUCGUAUUGGCGCUAACAUUUUGUGAAUUGUAUAUGCCAAUAAAAAUCCAGAUGAGUCGUUCAAAAUUUUCAUAACUUUUUCGUUCUCGGUAUUAUAAACUGUUUCAAUAUAAGGCAUUAGAUCUAUUCCACUGAAAAAAAGAUAACGGUUAAUAUUUUUAACGUUGAAUAUUUUCUAUAUAUUCAGACAAUAUAUUUUGUAUAUUAAAUCUGAUAUGUAAUGAAUAUCAUUUUGUAUUUAUGUAUAUAUGUAUACAUUGUAUGUAUUAAUUAUUUGACAAACCUAAUAACAGCCGUAUAAAAGAAGCCAAGUGACAUUAGCGAAAUGGUGACGUGAAAUACAAAAACAACUUUCCCAUAAUCUUUUACGAUCAUUUUAAAUCUUUCUCUUUUAGUCGCUAUUAUUUUCUUUUUUAUCUUAUCUUCCGAAUUAGUAGUAUUCAGCGGUGUUGAAGCAUUUGUUGAGUAUCUCAUAAGAUCAAUAUAAAUUGGAUGUAACAAUUUAUUGUGGAGUGUACUCAUUAAAAUGGCUUCGUUCAUGA